CCCACACACACACACACAUUACUCUCUCUCUCUCUCUCUCUCAGAGAUUCCUGAUAUGGCUGCUGACGUCAGCUCUCUCGUACGGUUACUUAGCGGUUACAAAGAUGAACGUGCGGUGGUGAAAGACUCUGCCGGUGCUAAGUCUACGGCGGCGCUCAUGACUCGCGACCUCCUUGGAAGCGGGAGAGGUGGAGGAGGCGAUCGUUCACUUGAGCUUGACCUCGACCUCCAAGUCCCCUCCGGCUAUGAAAAACGCCUCGAUUUGAAGUCAGGGAAAGUGUAUUUGCAACGAUGCAAUUCAACGAGCUCAUCGACCAUAACAAACGCAGAUCAAUCCAAUCAAACAGUUCCGACGUUUCAGGAUUUGAAUUUCCCACCGAAUUCGAGUAAUAAUCAUGCGGCGGCCAAGCCUUUGUUAAACCUCUUCGACGACACGACGCUUGAACUGAAGCUACUCCCGUCGCCGGCUCGUUGUUCCCGUCGUACGUCGUCGUUGUCUCCCAACACUAAUAAUAGUAAUUUCCAGAGCGUCUGCACGCUGGACAAGGUGAAAUCAGCUCUCGAGAGAGCGGAGAGAGAUCCGGCUAUGUUCAAGAAACGCCAGUCCCCGGACCAUACGGUUUCUGAUCAUUAUAGGGCGGAGGCGGAUGCGGUUGCGUCGCCGGUGGCGGCCGGAUGUCCUGGUUGUUUGUCGUAUGUGUUAGUGAUGAUGAACAACCCGAAAUGUCCGAGGUGUGACACCAUUGUUCCUUUGGCUGCAAGCUCUAUGAAGAAGAAGCCUAAGAUUGAUCUCAACAUUUCAAUCUAAAAACUUUUUUUCGUUUUUGUUUGGGGUUGUAAAUGAUAGAUUAAAAAAGUGCAGGGGUAAACCCAAAAAAGAAAAAAUAUGAUUAUUUGAUGGGGGAAAGAUAUGAUGAUAUUUUUUUGUAAAUGCGUUUAGUUGAACAUCAACAGGUAGACUUAUUUAGAAAACAAAAAGCAGAGAAAAGAAGAAGAUGGGAUUCACGGAAUAAAUGAUUUAAUUGUAUUACGACAAUUAAUGCUAGAAAUUUAAUUCUUAUUUACUUA